CUCCCUGCUCUACCUCUCGCACUAGCAGCUUACUCAUCCAUCGAUCAAGCAAGAUCAAUUUUAUUAGCUCCACUCAUUAGUUACACUUGCUGAGGGAUGGAUGAUGUGUGGUGCAGCCUGGACAUGGCCGCCGACAUCGCUGGCCUCCACAGCGCCCUCGCCGACCCCUUCUGGCAACCAUUCACCCAUUCUGCUGUGAGCUCCAUCGGCAACGACAGUGCCUACUUCGGGGUCGACGACGUUGGUCUCAUGGUUGAGGUGGACGGCAUGGCGGACAUGGACACAACCGGCUUCUUCGGAGGAGAGGAUGCCCGCUUCGUGCUGCCGCCGUCGACGUCGUCCUCGCUCUCGUCGAAGCGGUCCCUCUCCCUCGACAGCGGCGGCUCCUCGGGGUCCAUCACGCUGGACCACGCUGCCGCCCACGUCUCGCGGCAACAAGCGCCGCCACCGGCGCCGGUGGCGCACCAGCCGUUCGACCAUAACGACGAGGCGAUCAUGCGGGCCAUGAUGGCGGUCAUGUCCUCCGGCUCGCCCUCCCCGACCUCGUCGGCCUCCUCGCGGGCGCAGCCGUUUUCCCGGGACAGCAGCGUGCAGCAGCAAGCAUCAGCCAUGGCGCCGCACCCGCGUGGAGGAGGAAAUGGUGGCCACCACGUGAUGGUGAAGAGCAGCCUCGCCGUGUCGCCGGAGGGAACCAGCAGCGGCGCCAGCCGGGGACAGCAGCCGGAGAGCGGCAACAGCGGCCAGCUCUACCACAUGAUGUCGGAGAGGAAGAGACGGGAGAAGCUCAACGACAGCUUCCUCGCACUGAGGUCGCUCCUUCCCCCCUGCUCAAAGAAGGACAAGACGACGGUGCUGACGAAGGCGGCGGGGUACCUGAGGACCCUGGAGGCACAGGUGUCGGAGCUGGAGGAGAAGAACAACAAGCUGGAGAAGCACAUCCCGGCUUUGGAGGAGGACGGCGCCGCGCAGCAGCCGAGGCGGCAGAGAGCCAAGGUCCAGAUCAGCAAGGCGUCGGAGGAGGUGGUGAGCCUGACGGUGAUGGUGAUGGUGGAGUGCGACGUGGUGGAGCUGGUGCUGCGCAUCCUGGAGUGCCUCCGGUGGAUGGAGCAGAUCAGCGUCCUGUCCGUCGACGCCGACACCUACUCCCCGCAGGUGCUGCUCAAGGCCAUCGCUAGCAUCAAGCUCCGGGUCGACGGCGACUGGAACGAGGCGUCCUUCCACGAGGCCAUGACCAAGGCGGUGAACGACGCGACCUCGUCGCCUCCUCCCCACGGCCCGAUCAUGCUCACCGCGUAGCACGCAGCCUUGUGUGACCCGAGCCCCGAGGCAAAACCCCUGGGAAGAACAAUUCAUUGUCAGGCAUGUCCGGCCGCGCGAAGUCAUACGUAGAGACGGUAAUCCGUUUGCAGUAGGGGGAGGAGGGCUCGGCGCGUGUGAGCCUGUUAGGUAUGGUGACCGGGCAGGAAGAUGAUGACAGCAAAAUUGACUCCAGAGUUUAGUGAGAGCAGUAGAAAUUGUUUAGGUUUUGGUUGGCAGAAGAGUAGUUGUACAUACAUGAUGUGUGUAUCCUGCCGCAGGUGAUGGCGUGCAGCUUCAGUGCUAUACGGAAUGUACUAGUCAAUAUCAUUUGUUGUUAUUCGUUA